CCCUGGAUGGCAGAGCAGAACCUCACCUCUGUGUCAGAGUUCAUUCUCCAGGGCUUGAGCGACCAAGUGGAGAUGGAGGCGGUCCUCUUCGCGCUGCUGCUGCUCGUCUACACCACCACCCUCCUGGGCAACGCCGGGAUCGUCGCCGUCGUGCGCGCCGACCCGCGGCUCCACACCUCCAUGUACUUCUUCCUCGGCAGCCUCUCCGUGCUCGACAUCUGCUUCUCCUCCGUGAUCGCCCCCAGGGCUUUGGUGAACUUUCUGUCAGGGAGCAGGACCGUUUCCUUCCUCGGCUGCAUGAGCCAAGCCGCCUUCUACAUCGUCUUUGUGACCACGGAGUGUCUCCUGCUGGCCGUCAUGGCUUACGACCGCUACGUGGCCAUCUGCAGCCCCCUGCUCUACCCCUCCGUGAUGACCCAGAGGCUGUGCCUGCGGCUGCUGGUGGCAUGCUACGUGGGGGGGGUCCUGAACUCCCUCAUACAGACGACCUUCAUCGCCAGGCUGCCCUUCUGCGGCUCCAACGUCGUCGACCACUUCUUCUGCGACGUUCCUCCCCUCCUGGCGCUGUCCUGCUCCAGCACCUACCUCAACGAGGCGAUCCUCUUCUGCCUGGCUGGGCUCAUCGAGCUGGGCACCCUCUGCGCCAUCCUGGGCUCCUACCUCUUCAUCUCCCUCACCGUCCUGAGGAUCCCCUCGGCUGAGGGCAGGCACAAAGCCUUCUCCACCUGCGUGUCCCACCUGGCGGUGGUGACGCUGCUGUACGGCACCACGCUCUUCAUGUACCUCCGGCCCGGCUCCAGGCGCUGCCCCGGCACCGACAAAGUCGUCUCCGUCUUCUACACGGUGGUCAUCCCCAUGCUGAACCCUUUCAUCUACAGCCUGAGGAACCAGGAGCUGAAGGCUGCUCUGAGGAGAACAGCCUGGAAAAUCACAGCCAGGCUCUGA